CGUUUAAAGAUUUUUUUGCAUGUAUAUUAAACCUCGUAAUUAAAACAAAUUCAUUAUUCUGGUACACUAUACUAUACUAUAAUAUUAUAUAAUAUAAGCAUCCUCAUUUCCAGCCACGUUUCAGUGUUGAUAGGAUAGGCGCUGUCUCUUUAAGAAACACAGUGGGUAUUAGUGUAGCUAGUAAAGAGACGAGUCAGAUAUGGCGGAAUGUAAGCGUACUACCUCGGCUCCGUCCUCAGCAAGCACAACCUCGCUGGGUCGAGCCCUGUCCCACAGCAGGUUAAAUCAACUUGAUCAGUCCGAUGCGUUUCAGUCACAGACGUCUCUUAGCCGGGGCACCAUGGGUCAGGGUCGCAGGAGGAGGAAAUCGAGCACCACCAGUCUAGAGUCUCUGGAUAUUAGUCCCAGUGCAGAAGCAAGGGUCCUGGUCAUAAACACCGGCGGAACUAUCGGAAUGACGUACCACAAUAACGUGCUGUCUCCAGAACCAAGCGCUCUAGUCAAAACUCUACGCAAGCUUCCCAUUCUGCAUGAUGAGCAGUAUGCACAACAAACAAGACUGUACGACUACUACGAGCCUCCGGAGAACACACUGGUGCUGCCAUUGUCCAAACAGAAUAAGAGGAUAGUGUAUACGGUUUUAGAGUACUCUCCUCUGCUGGACUCCUGCAAUAUGACCACAGAUGAUUGGGCUACUAUUGGAAAAGACAUUGAGAAACACUACGAGAAAUACGAUGGCUUUGUUGUCCUGCACGGUACAGACACCAUGGCAUACACGGCUUCUGCUUUGUCCUUCAUGUGCGAGAACCUGGGAAAGCCUGUCAUCCUCACUGGCUCACAGGUGCCUAUUUAUGAAAUGAGAAACGAUGGUAGGGACAACCUCUUGGGGGCGCUGUUGAUAGCAGGACAGUUUGUCAUUCCAGAGGUUUGCCUCUACUUUCAUCAUAAACUCUACAGAGGUAACCGUGUCACCAAAGUGGAUGCUGGAAGCUUUAACGCGUUUAGCUCUCCAAACCUGCCGCCAUUGGCCAAUGCUGAAGUUGACAUCAAAAUUAACUGGGAUACUGUAUGGCGAGCCAACACAACCUCCAAAUUCACCGUCAGCACACAGAUGAAUCGUAACGUGGGUCUCCUGCGUAUUUUCCCAGGAAUCACUGCUGAAACAGUCAGGGCCUUCUUACAGCCUCCUAUGGAGGGAAUAGUCCUGGAAACGUACGGCAGUGGUAAUGCUCCUGACAACCGUGCAGACCUGCUGGAGGAGAUCCGAAAAGCCACAGAGAGAGAACUUAUUAUGGUGAACUGCACCCAGUGUCUAAGGGGCUCCGUCACAACCUCGUACGCCACUGGCAAGGCUCUGAGUGAUGCAGGUUUGGUCGCUGGGUGUGAUAUGACCCCAGAAGCUGCUCUUUCAAAACUUUCCUAUGUGCUGGCAAGAAAAGAUCUUAGCACGCUAGAAAAAAAGAAGAUGCUGAGCCGCAAUCUGCGUGGUGAGAUGAUAGCUGACCUGGAUGGGGCAAAGCUUUCUCUCAGCGACAGUCGCUUUAUUCAAGUUAUUGCCAAGUCCCUCAGCAUUAGCUGUAAAGAGGAGCUUGAAGCCAUCCGGGAUGCCCUAACACCCACAUUGGCCUGCGCUGCUGCUAAGAUUGGAGACAUCGAGGCGUUAGAGGCAAUAAAAGAAAUGGGCACUGACUUGAGCAUGGGCGAUUAUGAUGGCCGUACCCCUCUCCACAUCGCCGCAUGUGAAGGGCAUCUGAAAGUGGUGCAGUAUCUUUUGGGUCAGGGGGCUACCGUCUACGCCAAAGAUCGCUAUGGCGAUACACCCCUCAGCAAUGCCGUUCGCUUCAGUCAUAAGGACGUGGUGAAACUGCUCAGGAAGACUGGAGCUCACUUCUCCCGUGAGGAAAUGGAGGAUGCUGGCACCAAGAUGUGCAGUCUUGCGGCCAGUGCAGACUUGGAGGGAUUGGAGCUUUGGCACUUAGCUGGAGUUGAUUUAACCACGUCCAGUUAUGAUGGACAGACACCUAUUGAUGUGGCGAGAGCCUCUGGGCUUGAGGAGGUGGUUGAUUUCCUACAACAGGCUGCUCAGUACCGAACUCAGUACUCUUCACUUUUUUCACAUCAGGCAGAUGAGGGUGAUGAGCCUGUAUUUGAGGAGAAUGAGGAAGAGAAUGGCGAGUUUAUCGAGUUCACUGCUGGUCCAACAAGAUCCUAAGGAGGCCACCCUGCUAGCUGUCACACAUUUGCUAUCAUUAUCAUUUCUUAAAUUUCUUAUAUUAGGUUUUCUCAUUUAAUCUUAAUCUACAGCUACAAAUAAGCACAAAUCAUGCUAUGUUUUAAUCCAUCCAUUUUUUGAAGAGCCUCACUGUCAGCCCUCAGAUUUGAAUGUAUUGUGAUGUUAAUAGUGAAUCAUAAAUGUAUUUCUGUGCAAGCACAUUUUGUCAGGGAACUUUACAGUACUGGACACUGUAAUUUAGAAAGUAUUGAUGUAUUUUCUAAAACCAGAAUGAAAGUGGAUUUAGAAAAUGUACAAAUGUCUAAAAAGUGCUCAAUGUUCCUAGUUUGUCCCCCUUAAGUCAUUCAACGAUAACAUCAUUUGUUACCGUCUGCACUUGGUUGUUCUGACUGGCCACCAUUAUAUUAUUAUUUUUUUCAAAUGUGUGUGGCUCAGGUUAAUUUGUAUACAGUUUGAAACUUUAUUCAUGUUUAAUGUGUUAAUCCACUUGUCUUUAUAUACACACUUUUUUCAGUAUUACCUAUGCUGACAACUUGAUGUGAAUGCAUUUUUAAUCAUAUACAGUAGUCGUGGCAGUAAAGUGUAGAAAUGUCCCUAAGUGCUGUAUUUAAAGAGAUGCUGUAAAAUCAAACAAAGAAGUGACUAUCAAAAACAAAAAGUGUUUGUUCACCAAAAUGGAUUAUAAAUGUAUGAAUGCGAGUUGUUUUUCUUUGUUCCUUAUUGUUGUCAUUUAGUAAGGAGAAGUUACCUAUAAGGUUUUAUAGAUGCAUCUUAAAUUGUAGCAAUACAAAUACAACAGCUUGUCUUUAUGUUCUUAUGCAAGUUGUCAGCACAUGCCAGUGUUCUGUUUGUAAUAAACAUGUGUUGCUCAAAAUAAAAAAAUUGUCACGCAAAGAAAAACUAAAGUUAUUGCCAAACAUUCUGUUUCUACAUUAUUAACAUUAUUUUUAUAUUAUAAAGUUGCAUUAUAAAGUCAUAUUGUGCCGUUGUUGCCAAAUGUAUAAAGUUGUUUUAAAAUGUUGUUACAAUCAAGAAAAUGAAUAGUUUGAUGUGUUAAGCAAAACGAAAAGGUUUCAUGAAAAUUUUGACUUAAUUCACAUACCCAUCUAAGGUAAAACGGAUGACAAUUCUUAAAUGACUCCUGUGAUUAAGUAACCUUCGAUUCUUCCACCCUCUUUUGAUCAUAAUACUUUGUAUACUCAUGUCUAUGGAAUGCUAUACAGUUUUACAUAUUUUUGGUUUCAUAUGAUACCAAACAGUGGCCCCAAGUCUUUGGAUACUUAAGCUACACCGAAAAAUUUGAAAUGACUUUUAAAUGCAGUAAACUUUUUAAACAUUUUACAAAAUUACAUUUGGUUAAUGCAACAAUAGACAAGUGGUAAUAGUAAAUUAGUUGUCAAACAUAUGAGCUACACGUGCUUCUGUUAGCACACCUGUGUGAGGCAAAGGUGUAGGCUAAUCAUUUAUAGCAAUAGAAACAAGUGGAUUAAAAAUAGUUAAACACUGCAGAUUUAUAAAAGAUAGUGAACUUUAAGGACAAUAAAUGAAUGAGUUAAAACACGUGUAAGAUGCUGAUUGCUCUUUCCUGCCCCGGCAACCCAGAAAAUCCAGUCGGACCUGCAGAGUCGCCAUUCCAGUCUGAAUGAAAAGACCAGUGUGAAUUGUACACGUACCAAGAAGUAUAAAAGGAACACCGCACAUCCAUGAAAGUGUAUAGAUGAGACGAGGACACUUCCAAAGAACCACCUAGCAAGAUUUUUCUUUAUUUCCUUGUUCUGGGACGCAUAUUUUGGAUGGAUGACAUGAAAAGCCGGUGCUCCACAUGCUGUUUGGUUAUGAAGAGGUUUCUUUCUAAGGAGGAGAUACUUUUCCAAAAGUUGUAUGGCGCAGGCUUCGAUAAGAGGUCGUGUAAAUGUGACGCUUUCUUGCAAUCUUUGCGUCGCGUUCAGUAAGAUGCCGCAUUAAGUUCUCGGUUAUUUGACGCGCCUCGUGCCGUUCAGUGCUAUUCGGUACUGCUGUUUAAAGCGCAAGAGCUUGUGAAUGAUCUUGAUUCAGCUAAAGAGAAGGACCUGCACGUUUUAGGAUAUCAUCGAGUCUGGUCUUCAUUCGGUCUCUCUGGUGAAGUGGUUCUUAACAGUUCAACAGUUCUAUCUCAAAAUUGUGAAAUGUUUAGGACCACUUGAUCAGGGAGACAUUGCCAUUGGUUGUGGGACAAGAUGAGACGACAACACUGAUUCAAGUUGACCCUAUAUAUGUUUACAUUAUAAAUCACAUUGAAUAGGCUAUUUAACAGAGGGGGAGCAACAUUGUUUGACUUCAUUUGGUCAAUUAAAUUUUUGUUAAGGGGUUUGUUUAUUUAUUUGGCGACCUGUCUUGAUGUGCUUAAAGUGUAAUGAUUCUGACAUUUCUCAUUCUUUUUUUUUCAGUUUCAAUGUUAGGUAAAAUAGCCUAAGCCAUAUCCAUCUGGGUGUCAUAUUUCUUUGAGAAAAUCUACACAAACUGUUUUAAAGAGUUGGCAGAAUAGUACUUGUUUGUACACAACAUCAGCAGAGUGAGGCAUUUUACAGUGACUGGUUGAAAAAAUAGGAUGUGAUCUGAAAGUAACUUGACAUGUUUGUACAUUUUAUAUAUUUGAAACUAAGGAACCACUAACAGUGUGAAUUAUAUUGUGAUAGUCUCUUUAAAAAUAAAAUAAAGUUAUACAAAACUACCUAGAUGUUGGCCCAUUUUCUUUCAGCCUAAAAUGGGUCACUUUAUAAACUUAAAUAAAUACAGUAUUUUGUUCCUUUAAAUAGGCUACAGUUGUUUUAAUGACAUCUAAUCUAAGUAAAGGUUUACUGUAGUUAUGUCAUAUUUAUAUUACAUGAAUCCAGUAUUCAGAAGCUUGCACAUUCUCUAAGACACUCAAAUGCACUACUUUAGUUGAAUGACUACUAUUGUUAGUAAAAAUAUAAAAAUACAACUAUUGAAUAAAUAUUGAUAUAAAGACAUUAAAAUUAUUUCAUUUUAAGAAUAUUUUUUAAAAAUGCUUCAUAAAAUUGCUAGACAGAAUGAUAUCAGACUGUCUUACAAGCACAUUCACUGGUGGUCAAUGAUAACAAUUUGUUUAUAAGAGGUUUAGUGAGAGGUUUUAAAGGUUACAGUAUGUAUGUCUAUGUUUGUGUUCAUGAAUUGUUCAUAUUCUAACACCAGCAAAUCCUCACAUCUCUCACAACACAACCCCCAGUAACACAUUUUAAUACAUAUUUUGUAAUAGGCCUACCAAACACAUUUCUUAAGAGAUAGGCUGAUUGUAACAACUGAAAAGGGUAUUUGACGGCUUUGCUGCAUAGAUUCACAUUCAAUUUUUAAUUUACGCAUGAGCCUGUUUUACUUGCAAAAACCGGAUGUUGACUCGGAGAUUUUGUUUGAUUUUAAAAUAGACUUGACAAAAGUAUGAAAAAUGAGUAAAUAUGAAUACUAUAUGAAUACUUGUAUGUGCAGAUAGAUGGGUCCUUUUCUCGUUAAAAGUUUCAGUCUUUCUCUCUUAUGCCCCCUUGUGUUUCCUUCUGUCAAUGUUUAGCUCUUAUUAAAUGUUUUGACGUGUC